CGGCGAAGCGGAAGACUGCACCGUUUCCUCUGAUGACAACGUUGACCUGCGGCUGACCCCACUAAAAUCGGACAAAAAACAGCCCAAUAAAAUGCUGUCCGUUAAAUAUAUUUUGUGAAGUAUAUUUAUUUUUUAAAAGAGAAACGCUUUUAUUUUGUGCCUCGAUAGUGGAUCUGUAGAGAGUUUUGAGGCCCGCAGACGGUGAGCAGGGAUAAUUGCCUCACACUCCACACACAUGUCACCUUCCGUUUCCACUCCUCUCUGCUCCCCUUCUGAAGUGGAUGGAGAAAUGUGGUGCUACCAAAAACCAGGGUUUGAUACCCUCCUCCUCACUGAGCUGCAGCGACAACAACAGUGCAGCCAGUUCUGUGACACUCUGCUUAAGGCAGAAGGGGUGUCUAUACCCGCACACAGCUGUAUUCUGUCAGCUAUCAGCCCCCACAUCUCCUCCGCUCUGUCCUCCACACCGACUCCCGCUGCGGGGCAGAGUCGCCUCUUGGAGUUUCGGGCUCUGGGUGCCUGCACCUUGCUCCACUUGGUCAGGCUUCUAUACUCUGGAGAGAUGGCUGGGGAGGGUGAGAGGGAGAAGCAACAGGCUAUUUCUGCUGCGGCCAACCUGGGCAUCCACGGGCUGGUGGAGGUGACGAAAAAGGAGUGUAAAAGCAGGGAUGGGGUCGGGCAGUGCGCCGAGAUAGGAGUGCAGACGGAGCCUCUGAUGUUUGAGAGUGAGGAGAGACCGGGCAGGUGGAGGAGAGAGGUGAGGGAUGGGAGCAUUUUUCUGUGGAAAGAGAUGAUGUCAAAUGGCGGGAAGGAUGUGUGCACUCAAACAGACGAGCUGCAGAUAAACACAGCUCCACCUGCUCACCCAGCAGUAUCGUUUGAGACCAUCGAUAUGAGUGCUCUCCAGAGUAUACAGCACUCAGACCCCCUACUUGUUCCCCCUCAGAUUUGCCCUGUGUCUGUCCUCUACCCUCCAAAUGAACUAACACCUCAGAUAUCCUCUGCUCCCUUAGGUUCUAUACCUGAAGCUGAAAGCACACCGGUUGCUGUUGUGACCCAGCCGUACACAUCUGUCCCCCCAUCCCUCCCUCAUUUUACGAGCCAGACAACCAUCUGUAAUGCCGACCCCCAGAGCGGAUGGGCUGACCAAGAUGUCACAGUGGCGGAAGAAUGGGAGGAAGAGCAGUUUCAACAGUUUCAAGGCAACAUCCCAGGAUUCAUCAGCUACUUUCUGAACCCUGACAAUGAGGAGGAGCCCCGCGGGGGGAGAGCAGGCCGCAGGCGAAGGUCCGGGGUUGGAGGUGCCAGGAGGGGCGAGGAGAAGCGUGGGAGACCACGAGCAGGAGGGAGAGGGCGUGGUCGGGGAGGAUUAACUCAAAUGGUGCAGGAGGUGGGGGUGAGCAGGUUGCAGAAGUUGUUCUUGCUCAGGUGGGGCAUGAGGACGCCCAGGACGGGUCAGGGAGGCGGAGCUGCUGGGAGGAAGCUGUGCCUGCAGACCAGAGAGGUUGUGAAAAAGGGUGCACGCUGUGAGAGGAGAAGAGGGCGGGGCAUAGCGUGGGCAUUAAGCCAAGUUGGAGAUGUGCUGCGGUCUGGUGAGGUCGGAGGAAGCACCACUCAGCGUGGAAGGAAAAAUACGGGGCAACAGUUUGAACAGGGCAGUCUUCCUGUGCGCAGGCCACGAAGAUCCAGAGCCAAAACAGCAACAUCGGCUUCCUUUUUUCCCACACCUAUGCAGUUUACCAAUGCACAUACUCUACCUACCUCCAGCCACUCCUUCCAGGCUUCUCAAUCUCCCCACCUGCCAUCACCUGCAGCCUCCUCUCCACCAUCCUGUCUUCCUGUCCCAGCCCCACCACCUCACGAGGAGCAGCCUGAGCAGAUCGAUCGUCUUCUGGAGGAAGUGAUGAUGGGACUCGAUAUUUUACCAAACAACAAAGGCAGCGCUUCACGUGCUCAGCAUCCCCUUCCAGCAGGUAGCAACACUGGCGCCUCUGCCUCUUCUGAAAUCACCUCAUCCCAAAACAAACCGCAGAGCCUUUCUUCUGAGCUCCAUGAAUCCACUGAGGUUGCAGCUGUUGCAGGAGCAGCUGGUCGCUCCAGUUCUACAAAUGGUGUGGUGCCAGUUCUAGAGCAGCCGUGCGAGGGAGAGCUGGGUGACAUGCUGGACCACUUCCUGCAGUCGUUUGAGCAGCAUGUUGGAAGCUGUCGUGCAAGAGAGGAGAUGGAGACGAGUGGUGUGAGCUCCGGUCCUGAAGAAACAAAAAACAUAUCAUCUACAGGGAAAAAUCCCCAUGGCGGCUUCUUGAAGAUCUACCCGAUCAGGAGCCGGGUAAGGGAACUACAAAUCCCGGAUGCUUUACCCUUCCUUGAGGAGCCACUUACAGCCAAACACCUACCCUCAGCAGUUCAAUCAGGGCGCAGACGUAGGGGCAGACCCAGGAAAAAUGACCCUCUCAGUUCAUCUAACAGAGAGUGUUCAAAACCACCCAUUCUGGCACAGCCUGCAGAUUUCUGUGUUGCGGAUGAACAACUUGAGAAAAACCAGGAGAGACGUGAGGAGGAGUUGGCUGCACAGUCACACGAAGAGGUGGGGGGGGCUACGAGGAGGGGACAGAAGAGGGGAGCAGAGUCAGACGAGGAUACGAGUGAUAACGCCACCGUGGCCAAGAGGGCUUGCUUUGAGACACCGACACAGCCACCCACCUCUGAACCUGCAGCCACAGAUCCUGAGGAGACAAUCGAUGUAGAGACCGUUUCUUUGACCGGAGCCUGUUUACAAGAAGAAAAAGAAAAUCUCCCGUGGAGUGAACUCAGACUAGCUGAGGGAAGUCUGACAGAUGAGGAAGUACAGAGCAGCGCUGAUGAGAUCAUCGAUGUGGAUGGAGACGACGAAAACGUUGAGAUAAAAGAAGAGAUUCAGACUCAGAGCAGAACAGCGCCGACUGUGUUCGCUGACCUGCAGCCUUCUGUUUCACCCUCACAGUCUGCAAAUGGAAGCGGGGACGCUGUCAAAGAUGAGGUCAUCGAUGUGAUUGGAGGCUCCAGUCCCGUCCCUGAACCGGUGACCAUCACGUGGACAGAGUCUUCAGAAGGUGAGGAAGAAGAAGGAGGAGAGCUGGACGUUGAUGUAGUCGGAGAACACAAAGACAGCGCUUCAUCAGUGAUUUUCACCGCUGUGAUUAAAGACCUUGUCAAGGGAAACGUUCAGACUGAGGUGCACUUUCAUUAACACCUCUAAUGCCCUCUUCUUUUCUGUUCGUGUGAUUGCUUACAUUGGUUCAUUUAACUGCGUCUAUUUCAGGGCUGGUGACAAAUGGUCGACGUAGAUGUUCAUAAAUAAUUGUCUUCUCUCUGUAUUGUGCUCACGUCCACGUGCAAACAUGCUGACAAUCACACCCAGGAUGUUUGUUUUGCUAUUCCACCGGGGUUUAGGAUAAACGGAGCAAUAUGUGUCAUUUGUUUCAAGCAGUGAGGAAAGACCUGCAUCCUAAUGCGUAACAUUGUGAGCUUAAUCAGAACAAAAGGACGUGUGUUUGUGUGAAGUUUAGUUUUAAGCUCUUCGGCUGAGUAUAUAGAGACAGCUGGGAUUGUUCAUAAUUGAAGAAUUUUAUGUGUUACAAGUUUAAUAUUACUCAUUUGUAACUGUUAAGCAAAGUUUUUUUUUAAACUGAAGUAUUGGAAAUACAUUUAAAAAAUCAGGUUUUUGUAUGUAAAGAAAGCGUGUUUUAUUAGUUGUACAUAUGACAGUAACCGUGCAUUACGCCUUAAUCACGCUUCAGCUGAAAAUCGACAUCACAACUUAAUCUUCCACGGCGAUCAGAGUCGACCUGACCUGUAGUUGCAUUUUUCCAGAGCUGCACGUCAGGUUACGUUGUAAGUUACGACGUAGAUUUCCCGCUGAAGCGUAACUCAGUUAGUUGUAAAUAUGAUUGGUCAUAUAUAUAUACAUGUAUGUCAGCUUCUGUUCUGCCAAAAAUUUCCAGAAAACUUUCAGCACUCCUUGUUUUUAUGUUUGUUUUCGUUUGCUAAUGUUCCCCGUGGCACUUUUGGUUCAAGGAUCUGUUUCCUGUAAUAAAGAUUUUUCUGU